AAAUGUUUCCUGAUGCGUUUCAGUACCUAUACAAUAAACUAACCAUAACGCUAUUCAUUCACUUGCUUAGUCGUGAUAAACUGCUAACUUUCGACGGUUGAAUUAAUCAUCAGGCUCUUCUUCACGUUUUCUUGGUAAUAGCCUUCUAAUUUUUUAUGUACGUAGUGAAGCCACUGCAACUAUUCCAAUUUCCAGAAGAAAAGAAUCAUUCCUCAUUCACGGUGUUAUCACGAUCAUUCAGACCAUGAAAUUUUUCAUUUGGCAAUAUUAAUUUAAGAUAAGCAUUUUUUAAACUUCGUCGACCAUUCACGAAGGACAAGCAAAUUGAGGAGUUUGAGGACGAAAGGUGGCCUCCUUGAACACAAUGUGCGCGUGCCAAUAUUAGUACUAAACCAACAGCCCUUGGAAGAGAUGGCAAUGGAUGGGAAGUGAUUUACCUAUCAUGUAUUCCGAGCUUAAAAAUGAUUCUCAAGUUUCAACUGUUAGUGUUUGGAGUCACCAUUGUGCCCAUAUUGUCCAUUGCAUCGGACCACGAUAGCGCAAUGGUCAUCAGCACAACUACUUCACAACCUAGACAGGAUGGCAAAGAGAGUGAAGAUGUAUAUCCACUACCUACGGUUCCCCAAAUAUACGAAGUGCGGAUUCGAUCCAAUAUCAGCAAUCGCUUCGCCCACACCGUUGUCGUAAGUAAGAUGAAAAACUAUGCAAGAACUGCUAAAGAAGUCAGAUUCUCAAUGUUACUACCCGAAUCGGCGUUUAUAUCUGGUUUUAUCAUGGAGGUGGGAGGUGUAAAUUACACCGCCACCGUAAAAGAAAAGAAAGAAGCUCAAAGUAUUUACAACAAGGCAGUAGCAAGCGGGGACGCAGCAGCCCACGUUGCAGUGAGCGCACGCGACUCCAGUCGUUUCACCGUGUCAGCGAAUGUAAAGCCCGAAGAAAAAGCGGCAUUCUACUUGACUUACGAAGAAUUUUUAGUCAGAAGGAAUGACCAUUACGAGCAAAUUAUCAACAUACACCCAGGCCAACCUGUGAAAAAUCUACUUGUGGAGGUAGUAAUUAGUGAAAGUAGAAAAAUUACUCAUCUCAAAGCGCCUCCUCUGCGCUCGGGAAAUGAAAUAGGCUCAGAUAAGUUAGAGCUGGAUCCUAGAGCUGACAUAUCAAUUGUGAAUGAUACCGCGGCAACUGUAACAUUUAACCCCAACGUUGAGCGUCAGAAGGCAUUGGCCCACAUCUUUGGCACUAAAGUGGAAAAUGGACUCGUCGGUCAAUUCGUCGUACAGUACGACGUGGAGCGAGAUCCACAAGGUGGCGAGGUUUUAGUUCAAGAUGGCUAUUUUGUUCACUACUUCGCGCCGACUGACUUGCAACCUCUUCCUAAGCAAGUGAUCUUCAUCUUGGACACCAGCGGCAGUAUGCGCGGUCAAAAAAUUCAACAACUCAAGGAAGCUAUGUACAAGAUCUUGGAUCAGCUGCAUGAACGCGAUUUGUUUAAUUUGGUUGAGUUUAACAGUAAUGCGAGAGUUGUAGAUUUAGACAACGAGGCGAAUAGUGUGUGGUACCCUCGGCGAGAGGUGCAUUCCACUGAGACGCAUCCUGCACAAAACGCCCCUGACUUACAGAAUGUAGCAUUUCCUAGAGCUUAUUUUGUUAACGAUAGCAAUAUUGAAGCAGCCAAAAAAGCGGUGUCCAAAUUAUUGAUUGAUGGCUCCACGGUUACAUGCAGUGCUAUCAAGGUAGGUUUGCGCUUGGCGGAAGUAGAAAGAACGAACCCCCAAGAUUCUGUUGAGCGUCAACCGAUUAUUAUAUUUUUAACUGACGGCCGACCUACAGACCCGGCCUCUACCAAUGUUAUUACACAGGUAACUGAAUAUAACUCAGACUUGAAACACUCCGUGAUUUUUGCGCUUGGAUUCGGUGGAGAUGUGGACAUGGAAUUUCUACAGAAGUUGGCGCAGAAAAAUUCUGGUUACGCUAAGCCAAUUUACGUGGCGGCCGACACGUCUUUGCAGUUACAAGAUUUUUACCGUCAAAUAUCUUCUCCUUUACUUGCAAACGUAUCGUUUAGGUAUGAACCUUCAGUGACCAGUUUAACAAGGACGGAGUUUCCUAUACAUUUUGGUGGUUCAGAACUUGUAGUGGCCGGUUUCUGUGGAGACGCACUUCCUUCUGUUACCAUUGAUGGCAUUGGCGUUCGAGGACGAACAACACUCAAACCCACAGUUACUAGAACAAUAUCGAAUAUGGAACGGCUAUGGGCAUACCUUAACAUCAAGCAGUUACUAGAAAAUAAGGAUGUAUCUGAAAAUGAAACCAGUGUCUUGAAGGAAAAGGCUUUGGAUUUGGCGCUCAAGUAUUCGUUUGUCACGCCUGUCAGCUCCCUCGUUGUUGUGAAGCCUAACGACACCAGCGCAGUUGAUAUGGAGCAAGUGAAACAAAAAGAAUAUGGAACUCGUCCUUUAUAUUCGCCAAUGAGGGGGCGUGCAAGAUCUAAGGCUCGUACUCACUCGGUGUUAACACAGCAGUCAGAAUUAAACCGCCUAUUGAGCAUUCUUCCAUGGCUACGUGGCCUACUAAGUGGUGAAUCCGUAAAACUGCCCCAAGGUACUUACAAAUUGGGGAUAAACGAAACAAUCAUCGAUAUCAUCACAUGUCCAAAGACUCCCUUAAAUGAAGAAGGCUAUUGUAGGCUACUCAAAAGCUGCCCUGGGGUAGAUGUAUUGUUGAAGAGUUCCUCGGACUUUUAUGACCAUUUCUGCGUGUUAAAGAAUGAAUUUGCUGGUGUUUGCUGCCCUCGUAACUAACUAUGGUGCUGGCAACUGCAGUGUAUAAAAACUUUUUGGGGACACGAUUAUCAUAGUCACUAAUAAAUAGUAGUAGUAGACCGUU